AUGGAUUCUUUAAACAAAUUAAAUAAACAAAAAACUAACAAGGAACUAGGUACCAGUUCCGAAGACGAGCUCCUGGCAUCAAGCCAAGAAAACGAGCGAGUCGAAACCGCCAUACUACCCAAAGUAGGCAGUAGCAGCCGCACUGCGCCUACUUCGCACAUAACAGUAAAAUCGGCAGACAAGCGCGCCAGCCAUAGUGCGCCUGCCGAGAAAUCAAAAAAGUCUGAGGCAAAGAUCAGACGUCAAAGGUACCAGAAGGCCAUGUUCAUUCUUGGCAAGAUUGCUAAAAAUGAAGCUGAAGGUAAAGAACAGACGUUUGACCGUACAGACAAAGUACGAUAUCAGAAGGUGGUCGAUGAGUAUAACGAAUACCAGGCCACCCUAUCAAAACCCGUAAAGGCAAUGAAGAGGGAUCGGUCUCAGGACGAGACGGCCCAUACUUCAAAAAGCAAGGUAGCGAGAACGAGUUCUACUAGUAAACCGUCAACGAGUGCGAAAAGGGCAUAUAACGAAGUAGCAAGGGAUGAGCUACAGGUGGCGCUCAUUGAUGAUAUUACCGGCAAUGGAAAAAAGGUGCUGGAGAAAUGGGGCGAGAUUGAGCCCAAGCUGGCUGAAAUGGUGAUGGAACACCUUCUAACAAAUCUAGACGCCCCCACACCAGGCUUUGAUUCAUCAGAAGUGGUUCGUGGUUGCAGGGUCUUCAAAUGUGAUGACCAGCUAUCUAAAGUAUUUCUUGGCAACUGCAUUGCUAAGGUAAGUGAUGCAUGGGAAGGUUUAAGGCUAAAGCUUAUCCCAGCCAACGAUAUCCCAAGAAGACCAAGGGCCCGCAUUUGGCUGCCAAUUAUGAAGAUGGAGCAUGAGAAAGUUCUCCAGCUGCUACAACGGCAGAACCAAAAUGUGCCAAUGAAUGACUGGGUAGUCAUCAAGGACGAGGGCACACAAAAAAACAAUAUGACGCUUCUUCUGGCGAUAAACGAGGAAUCCGUGAAGCCAUUGGAAGAAAUGGACUGUAAGCUAAGGUUUGGCGUACGGUACACCAAAAUAAAAAUAUUCCGCCCAACAGGCAAUGAUGAUGAUGGCAAGGAGUUAGAGGAUGCUAACAAAUUGCUUGACGGUAUGAAGCUUCAGGAAGAAGCUUCAAAAACCUUGUAA